AUGGACAGCCAGCGAGGAGCGUUGCCUACGCCCGGUCGGCGCUCCCUCCAUCUCUCGCGCAGCAACUCCAAUCGAACCCCUGACACCGAUGAUGACUCGGAGAAUAGCCGUUGUCCCUCUCCCUUACUUACAAUCGAGGGUGGGUAUCGGAUCGAUCCUUUUGUUCGAUACCCGGUUGUGCGGGCUUCCAGGGGCGUACAGUUCAUGGCAGAUUACUAUGUUCAAGUAUGGGCGCCCCAGCAAGCACAGGCCUUCAGUGUCCAGAAUGGAGGGAAUGCGCUCCUCGAACUGGUGUUACCAUUAGCAUUGCGGAAUUCGAUGCUUUUCCAGGCAACCAUUGCCAUGACAAGAGCGGCGUGGGUCUUGAGGAGGGGAUCAGACCCUUUGGCCGACAAGAUGUUGCUUCGACACCGAGGAAUCGCGCUGAGAGAGCUGAGAGAUGCUCUGAUGGCUCCUGAUCGGCCAAAUCCAGACCUCGUCUUGCUGACAAUGUCUACGCUUCUCACCUUGAACUACAUGAUCAACGAUCUGGAAUCCUUUGAAAUCCAUCUCCGUGUCCUGGAGAACAUGUUAGCAUCCACCGAACCCGAAUAUGAUACCGGCGUUAAGAGCUUUGUGCGAGGGAGGGCCCUGGCGUUUGGAGUGCUUGCCUCUUUCUUGCAAGCUAAUCAGCCGAGUUAUGCAACCCGGAUCAACGAGAAAGGCCACAGGAUCAGUACAUUGACUUAUCCGGGCCACCCUUUUCUCCCUGAUCUCUGCGCAGUCAUUGCGCAGUUGCCGGAGGGCUUUGCAGAAGUUGCAUUGAGUGGCAGCAUUGCGGUCGAACUGAUUAGCUUUUUGGUGAAGCUGACGGAACUCUUCAUCUGGAUUGCGUCCUCUCAGCACGAGAGGAACGCCCAGCCGAAGCCUGACAUGACAAUGCAGCGGGCAAUUUACGAUCUCCAGUGUCUCUCUGCCCUGCAGCUGACUCCAAUCGAGAUGCAGAUAUCCCGAGCAUUGCUGGCCUUCUGUUUACAUCUCUACAACGAGAUGUCGUUUCACAUCCCGCUCGCGCGACCUCUUCGCCCCCUCCUGGAAACAUUCAACGCGCAUACUGAGACCCCUCGGAGCCCCUGGCUCAAUCGGUGCCUUUAUUGGUGUUCGAUAGUCACGGCCAGUGCUUGGGACACCCAGAUUGAUGCAUCUCCAGAACGACAUGUUGUUCUCGACAACCUGAUCAACAAGUUGCCGGAGGCGAGAUCGUGGGAAGACACCGAGGAAAUGAUGAGGAUGUUCCUGUGGCAGGAUCGUCUUGCGGAUGAGUGGGAAAUUUGUUGGCGUGCGGCAUCGUUCAGAAGGCGUCGGCAGAGGAGAGGAGCAUCUCCGCUCGCGGUGGCACCACUUUGGCUAAUCGAGGGUGUACAGAAGUCGGAAACUUCGUCGUCCGAAGAAUAUUUGUGA